CAUGUGCGUCCUUUUCCUCCCCUUCUCCUGGAAAGGCUGUUUUGCGCCUGCGUGCUCGGAAGAACCUCUGGCCCGGAGACCGUGCAGAAAGUCCAGAAGUGGGGCUUCCAGUUCUCUGAUCAAAGCUGUCAGUUUUGCCAUCUCAGCCAUCUCAGCCAACAACUUUCAUUAUCCAGUCUUUCAUUCUAUAAAACCAGCAGUUCAGAACCCACUGGAGACCAUUAGGGUAGAAAAUGCUGUUCUAAAUGACAAUGCUCUGUACUCAUGUCCUCCACAAUUAGCAGCUAACAACCAGCAAUUGUAAAAGCAGAAGGUUAUCUUGACAAUGAGGAUCUGUGCCCUUGAAGAAAGCAACCCUGCAGUGUCUUCCCCCCACUCCAAGCUUCUAAUUGGAAUCCCAAUGUUUCCUUUGUAUCGGUCCCUGGGAUUGGCUCUUCCCCAGUUAAACAGGGCAACAAAUACACGAAAUUUCAGCCUCAGCAAUGUGUGCAGUUAUAUCCAGAAGUUGACUCGUGUGCGAGUGGUUGAUAACAGCACCUUGGGGAACACGCCGUAUCACCGGCCUCCAAAAUGUAUCCACGUCUACACCAAAAACGGAGUGGGCAAAGUGGGUGACCGAAUUCUUCUGGCUAUCAAAGGGGAAAAGAAAAAGGCGUUAAUUGUUGGGUGCAAGUUUCCAGGGCCUCGCAUGACUCCCCGGUUUGAUUCUAACAACGUGGUGCUCAUCGAAGAUAAUGGGAAUCCAAUUGGGACACGGAUCAAAGCUCCCAUACCUUCUCUGCUGAGGAAAAAAAAAGAAUUCUCCAAAGUGUUGGCCAUUGCCACAGACAUCGUAUGACUACCCGGGAGGCACCGCGUGACAAACAAGGGGAUGUUUGUGGGACUGUCCCUAGAGUUGCAUUUCUCUUUUCAUUCCCAGAAUUGAGGAAGAAGUGUUUGAAAAAAAGUAAGAAGACGAUGGCGGGGAAUGCUAAGGCAUCUUUGGGGGAAAUACACUUUCCAUUAUUUUGGGUAAACAGUUGUUCUUCUGAACUAGUUUAAUUAAAGACAGGGUGUUUUGUAUGAUUUAUGCUUUUGAAAGAGGUGGAAAAGGAGAAAGCAAAGGCUAGAGGCCUGAGAGGGCCAUUCAGAGUGUCAAAAGAUUUGACCAUCAUCUGUUUUUUUCUAUUAAUCUCCAGUUAUUGUUGUGGGUUAUUUCUUUCCCAGUUUUAUUUUGCUAAAAAACAUUCUGUGCAUUGCUCAGAUUCCAACCAGCAAUAACUAUAAGUAAAUUCCAGCAUCGUUUUAUGCUAUUGAGAAAGGCAAAUAAAAAAGAAAUAAAGGUCAUAAAUAACAUUA